UCUUUAGGGACAGCUAAGCCUAUUUCCCGCUUCAUCCUCCCUCGCGUGACCCAUACACUGAUACUAUUCCACACUCCACGCGACUUUUCUCCUGAAACGGAAAGACUCCAAAAGUCCACCGCGCUCGCCACUCCCCGGCUGUCGUCUUCGCCGGCGACGACGGCGUAAGAACUCUUCGCUCUUCAAAACAUUCUAGGUUUUCACUUUUUCUCAUCAGUUUUUAGCUUUUAUCUAGUUUUACGAUGAGUGCUGAGACAAGACCAGUAAUCACCUCGCUUGCGAGAACCACAUGGAACUCAGAAUCGUUAUACGAAUCGAAACCAGAAGUUAUUUCGCAAGCUUCAACUAUACCGGAACUGAUUUCUUAUCUAAAAUCGGCUUUUCGUGAGAGGGAAUUCUCUCUGGUCGAAAAAAUUCUUAUGGGCCGAGAAAAGCAGCUGAGGACAGAAAUUCAAAAUCUUAAAAGGGAUUUUGAUUUAGCAGAGAAGGCCCAUGCUUUAGUUGAACUGGAUAAGUUAAAUAUGGAGGAUCAAUUGAAUAAUUUUCAGAGGAAAUGUGAGGUACUGAAAAAAGAAAAAGCUGAGGCUGAGGAAAAAGUAAAGGCUUAUGAGGAAAACAUUAAAGAGUUGGCUGAUAGAAUGUCAAUCCUGGAAGAGGAAAUUGCGAAAACGCGUGAUGAGGAUGUCUCGGUGAUCCAACAAAUGGCAGAAGAUUGGGAAGCGGCGAAGGAGGAGGUUGUAGAGGAAGCUGCAGGUAGUGGUAAUACGGACUUUGUUUCAACAAAAACAAAUAUGGAUAAUUGUCCUGAUGCCCAGGCAUUGCAUCCCAUGCCUUCUGCUUGUGGUUCUGCCCAAGUAAAUAGCAAUCUUUCCAACUUAGGAAAGAAAAGAUGUCGUUCAGAAGAAGCAGGUACUUAUUCAAACAUGUCUUGUUGUUAUUUGUGGCGUUUAACCGAGCUCUCAACUAGUUUUGGUUUGAGAAGUGAAGAUGUCAGUCCUUUUUCAUUCUAUGAUCAAGAAUAUUUGCAGUCUUAUAUCUUGCAUUGUAUGUAAAUUGACCAAGAUAUUUGCAGCUAUAUGUUGCAUGGUGUGUGAGAGAAAAGUGAAAAAGUCAUCAUUUUCCUUGGAAUUUAUUCUUAUUCGUUUGAAAACUUUAACAAGCAUACUUCGUUGCACAAUUGCAGCUUGUGCUUAGCUGAAGAAUAGCGAGGUCUUUACCUUGUGUCAUAUAACAUAAAUUGAAAAGAAAUGCCACCCAGCCUUUUGCAUUGCUCUCCCAUCCUGUUAAAAUUAGUGUAGCAAAGAUAGUUGGAAAUUAAAAUUUAAAAUUUCUUGGCGGAAAAGUAGCAAAUGAACUCAGCUAGAAAGUGGAGUAGAAGUCAAUUUAGCUCCAUGUUGAAUGACUAUUGGAUAGCAUCAAUCAUUAUAUAAAUAUCUCAUGUAACUGUUUGACUAGGAGCUACUGCCAGCAGUUUUGAAGAACAUUGGAUGUAUUAGUUAUCAAAGAAGUUCUAUCUUACUAAUAAAUGAUAGUUGAACUAUAUUAUGCCUUGUACUAAGGAAGAAUAAGUAUGACAUUUUAAGUCCUCUAUCUAAUAGUUUAAUAUA